AUGAAGAUUAUUGCACUUCCCUUACCCAAGCAAAGGGUUUUUCUGCAUUGCUAUCCAUCAGAAAUCCUUUUGAAAAAGGUUACGAUCCAUGAUAGAAUAAUAAAUCGUAUCUACAAUACUUGGGAUGCUUGGAGCAAGUCUAAAAGCUACAUUAGGCAAAAGACAGUUUCUUUAGGAAACAGCGUGUUACAUCGAACUUCCCAUGAGGAAAGCUUUUUAAGAUCAUUAUCAUCGGCUAAAAAGCUCAACGACAAGGAAUUCUAUUCUUCGACUGUCAUAGAGCGACCCGAUUCCUUAGAACCUAACAGGAUAUUCCAAGAACUCAUUCGACUACAAGAAAUGAAACGGUUGCACCGAAAUAAUCUAAUUGCUAACAUUGUAGGACUUCCUCUAACUAUACCAUUUAUCCUAGUUCCCAUCGUUCCAAAUGUCCCAGGAUUUUAUUUAUGUUACCGAGCAUAUUGCAACUAUAGAGCCUUGAUUGGGGCUUCACAAAUUACUCGUCUACUUGACAAUAAAGAGCUUCAAAUUCAAAGUAAUGAAAAAAUCGAAUUGGCGUAUCGUUCCUAUUUAGAUGGUGAUCACCACAAAUUAAACGAGGCUGUUGGACACCAAGAAUUUAGUGAUCGAUAUGAAAGAGCUAUUGAGCAAGAACUAAAGUCUUCUAAAAAUCAAUAA